AGACCUGUAGGCGGCCUCAUGUAGCCUUGACUCAUUAUUUGACGACACUAUAUUUCUCCUAGCCGUACAAUUAUCAAUACGUUGUUUUUCCUACUCUGAAGCGGGAAUCUUUUCCACACAAACAAUAUGGCGGCGCCAACUCAACCCAAACAAGACAACUGGUGGGAUUCGUUUCCUGCUCCUUGAGCGAAAUGUGGAGAGGUUACUUCAGAAGAGCUUAUGCAGAUGUUUGAUGAUAUGGACAUCAAGCCUGAAGCAAGACCGUUCUUGCUCGUUGAUGUGAGGAGAACGGAUUGGGAGGGUGGAACUAUCAAGACGUCAAUCAACCUCCCAGCUCAGAGCUUUUAUCAAACUCGAAAGACUCUGCUGGAUCUUUGCGAGAGGGCAAACAUCAAAAAGGUCAUUUUCUAUUGUGGUUCUAGUAAUGGCAGAGGACCUCGCUGUGCAAGCUGGAUGCAAGACUAUAUUGACGACGUAGCCAAGUUUGGGCACAAAAGCAAGCUUCAAGUCCUUGUACUCAAAGGCGGAAUAAAGGGUUGGGUAAAGAACUUCGAAGGAAGUAUCAUGGAUGGGUUUGACGAAAAGUAUUUGGAGCAAUUCAAGUAAUUUCCUUGUCCUUGAAACACAUUUGGCAGAAUUUCGUAUUCCAUUGCUUUUCAUACGUGAGAUGGUAUUAUCGAAGCCAGCAACGCCAUAAUGUGAAUCCUGUAACAACUUUUGGCCUCCCAUCUGGACACAUGGCUCUUCACCCCUGCUUCAAUUCUCGACGAGUGUUACUCCAGCUUCACUACCACAUCUACCUAUCGUCUCGUCCACCGCCAAUUCUCUCCAGCGCCUCAAGCAUAACCACGGAAUUGCCUCGAAUGACCUAUAAAAUCGUUAGUCUUCUUAUUGUUUCCACCAAAAAGCUUCUUGAGCAGAAGCCCGACAAGAUGCACAUACCACCAUGCCUAAUCUGACCUUCUCACCUCCAUCUUUCUCCUCCACUGCAUCGUCCAGUACAAUAUUCAGGAAGACCUAAGCGCGUCAUUAGUCUUUUCCUACGUGGAAUAUUCUAGAGGACAACCAACAUCGUAACCUCGCAGAACGCCA